AUGCCCGAUUCAUUAAACUGGAGGGUUCGCGCCGCAGCAGAUAUAAACUCUGAAUCUAGACCAACAAACUGGUCCAACCAAGCGCCUAGAGAUGAUCGCCGUCAAAGGCAACCUAUCGUGCCUCUCGCAGAACGAAGCCGGGCCGAGGACGUGAAAGUCCACAGACCGGAACGGCAAAAUGAAGAGUCGCCUGGAACUCUUCAGGCUAUUGCAGAAGGUCGUCGUGUCUACUUGGGGAACUUGCUCUAUACCACCACGCCAAAUGCCAUUAAUGCAUUUCUUGCCAGGAACGGCAUAGCUUCUGUCAAUAAUUUACAUAUAUCUAUUGAUCCUUUCACGGGCCGUUGUCCAGGGUAUUGCUUCAUCGAGUUUGCAGAGAAGGAGGUAGCAGAUAAGGCUAUGCAAACUUUGGAGGGUCUUACAAUAUCGGGUCGACCGGUUAGAUGUCGUCCUUGUCGCCCCAAGGGGGACAUCAGACGUGGUGGUCCAGAUCAUGGGACAGGUAGUGAAAAUACCACUUCUAGCUACAAUCGCUGGGGUAAUUGGGAUUCGAGGGCUAGGGACUCGCAACACGAUACACUCGCGGGACACAGCGGACCGAAUGAUGCAUUGAGACAUUUCCAGGUUUCAAAGGCCAAAGAAGAAGGUAGACAGUUGUAUGUUGGCGGGUUGCCUAGAAUGCUGGAUCAAACGGAGAAUGAAUUGGAGCUUCGAUCUAUCUUCGACGGCUUCAAAAUCGAUGGAGUGAGUAAGAGGGUGAGCCCUCGUGAAAACAAUCUGGAUGAUAGACGAAACUUUUGUUUCGUUGAUUUUGCCAGCCGCGAAGAGGCUGAAGAGGCUAUGCGAGCUAUCGAUGGUACAUCCUAUAGAGAUGCUCCGUUGAAGGUCUCGAUGUCAAUUACGAAGUCCCAAAGAGAUAGAACUAGUGAUAGGGGAAUAGGAAUGGAGAGAAACUCGCGAUGGGAUUAG